AUGUCUAAGAAAUCCAAUCCUAGAGUCUCGUUCCUUACCUUCAAUACCUGGGGUUUAAAAUGGGUGUCUAAAUUUAGAGAAGAGAGAUUGCGUGCUAUUGCCGACGCUAUUUGUGGGCAUCCUGGGUAUGUUGAGAGCUUACAAGGUGCUGCCACUGUGUUUGGAGACGGUUCUCUAUCAAAUGAAUACGAUAUCAUCGCCUUGCAAGAAAUUUGGUGUAAGAGUGAUUGGGAUUAUAUCGUGGAGAAAUGUGGUCAUUUGUAUCCUUACAACAGAAUAUUUUACUCUGGUAUCCUGACAGGACCAGGGUUAGCGAUAUUAUCUAAGAUUCCAAUUGAGUCUACUUUCUUAUAUCGUUUCCCUAUUAAUGGGAGACCAAGUGCUUUCUUGCGUGGGGAUUGGUACGUUGGGAAAUCUAUUGCCAUCACGUUAUUGAAGCCAGUCGUUGAAGGCUCGACACCUUUAGCUAUCAUGAAUAGCCAUAUGCAUGCCCCAUACUCACUGACUGGGGAUGCUAAUUACCAUUGCCAUAGAGCUUGCCAAGCAUGGGAUUUUAGUAAAUUGGCUAACUUAUAUAAGAAAGCCGGUUAUGCUGUUGUAAUUGUGGGUGAUUUAAAUUCAAGACCAGGAUCUUUACAACACAGAUUUUUAACGGAGGAAACCAAUUUAAUAGACUCUUGGGAACAAUUGAAGGGCAAACAGGAUAUCACAGAAAUUGCAAGUUUGCCUCCUCUGGAACAGUUGAAAGAAGGUUGUUGUACUUGUGAUUCUACUUUAAAUACAUGGAGACCGAAAUGCAAGCCAACUGAUGCAUGUCGUUUGGACUAUGCAUUGAUCGAUGGUGAAAAACUACGUACAAUCGAUGCUGGUGUCAGAUUCACAGAAAGAUUGCCCAACAUAGGUAGUUACUCAGAUCAUUUUGCGUAUUCAUGUACACUGGAAAUAGCUUUCCAAGAUUCUUCGAUCGUUGGAUCGAGUGAAGAGACUUUAGACAACUAUACCAAUACGGAAAUGAGUACAUUAAAGCAUAGGAUUGCAAAUUACAAUGAGUUAGUCGAUGUCAUCGAUACAUACAUGAACACGGCAAGGAAUCAAAAAUUCUAUAGAGGAUUACAUUUUGUUUUAUCAAUAGUUGCCCUAGUGUUUCUUCUUGUUAAAUCAUUUGACAAGAAUAGUUUAAUUAGGAGCAACUCAUCAUGGUUAACAUUCAUAUGGAUACUGCUGGUUAUUGCAAUUUCCGCAACUGGUACAAUUGAUGGUUUAAUCUCAUUUUUAUUUGGAAGAAAAGAAAUAAGAGCACUCACUGAGGUUAAAUAUGAAGUUCUUGAUGCUAAGUGCUCCUUAAGUAAAGCAACUAAGAAGCAAUUAUAA